AUGAUAGAGCACUACCCAUCUCAGGCCCUCUCUGGGCUGACGCUUGCCAUUGCCACUAUUUUGCUUCUUGCAUGGGCCCAUUGGCGCUCUCAACAUACGCUGCCACUACCACCUGGUCCGCCUUCUGAGUUUCUUCUUGGCCAUUUCCGUGUUAUACCCAAGGACAAUGCGGCAGCAGUAUACGCGAAAUGGUCGAGAGAAUACAAUUCAGAUAUCAUACAUGUCAGAUCCCUGGGUCGUUCUACAGUCGUGCUCAAUAGCGCCGAUGUAGCCAGGGAUAUCUUGGACAAGAAAGGCGCCAAUUUUUGUGACCGACCCCAAUUUACGCUGCUGGAAGUCAUGGGAUGGGGAAAGACCCUGACUUUUCUUCCUUUUGGAGAACGUUGGCAAAUGCACAGAAAGUUACUCCAGACCUCGUUCAGCAACACAAAUGUACGCCAAUGGCACAGCCUGCAGAUAACAGAAGCCCGACGAACGAUUCGAAAUAUACUCAAGAAGCCUGAAACUUGGGAAACCUCGUUACGUAGGCUUGCGGUUGCCAUCGUUCUGCAAGUCAGCUAUGGCACUCAAGUGCUCGAGGACGAUGACCCUUACAUCCAAAUCGCCAACGAUGCCAUGUAUGCCACUGGCAAUGGUGGAGUUCCCGCCAAUAGUAUUGUUGAUCUAGUUCCAUUCGUUCGCUACCUCCCCGACUGUAUUGUCCGCGACUGGUCCUUGCGAUUUGCCCGACAGUGGCGCUGGGCUAUUAGAAAGCUUCACGAUAUCCCAUUCGCUGCUGCACAAGCUGAAUAUCACAGAUAUGACCAUCAUAGAAACACAUCUCUAGCACACAACCUUCUACGUGAGUAUAAGGAUAAGGAGUCCCGUGGCCAGGAGCAACAAUGGUCCCUUGAUGAUAUCAAAGGGGCGGCAGGGGCGGUUUUUAUCGCAGGAGCAGAUACGACAUGGGCUACAUGUGUAAUCUUUAUUCUCAACAUGGUUCUUCACCCGGAAAUACAGGACAAGGCACAGCAAGAGCUUGAUACGGUGAUUGGAUUUGAUAAACUUCCCGACUUCUCGGACCGGCCCGCUUUGGUUUAUAUCGAGCAUGUUGUCCAGGAAAUUUAUCGCUGGUCGCCACUGGCUCCUCUAGGGAUCCCACACAAGUCGCUCCACGAUGAUAUCUACAAGGGCAUGCACAUUCCUAAAGACGCUCCCUUACGAUGCUGUCAUCAUAGUGAUGUUACAAGGUGGGGAGAGUAUCUGAUAAGUACCAGGACUGUGGUCUAUGCCAACGCUUAUGCCAUGGCUCAUGAUGAGCGGGUCUACAAAGACCCCCACGAUUUCAACCCCGACAGGUAUGAAGCUGGGGAACCGUUUCCUGUUGGCAAUUUUGGAUUUGGGCGCCGGGUCUGUGUCGGUCGGUUUCUGGCCGACAAUAGUGUCUGGAUCAUGGUAGCAACGAUGUUGUCCGUACUCCGGUUUUGUAAGAAGAUGUCUUCAGACGGGAAGCUCAUUGAGCCCCGAGUCCGUUUUACCAAUGGAGGAACCUGUCACCCUGAGCACUUUGACUGUGUCAUCAAACCGCGAAGUCUCGCAGCUGAGGCACUUGUCAACAGCGACUCGGAAUAG